AUGGUUGUACUCCACAACCAUUGCCUGGAUCUGCUGCAAAGGAUAAGCAUAAUGAUGGAUGUUGCUUCCGCAUUGGAAUAUCUCCAUUUUGGUUAUACAACACCAGUGGUUCACUGCGAUCUGAAACCUAGCAACAUAUUACUCGAUGAAAGCAUGGUUGCUCAUGUGAGUGAUUUUGGUAUGGCAAAGUUUUUGGAUGAAGAAAGUAGUGUCCUGCAUACCAAGACACUUGCAACGCUUGGAUACUUGGCACCAGAGUAUGGACUUGAAGGGCAGGUGUCAAAGAGAGUUGAUGUGUAUAGUUUUGGCAUUGUUUUGAUGGAAACCUUUUCAAGAAUGAAGCCGAGUGAUGAGAUGUUCAAAGAUGAUUUGAGCCUGAAGAGUUGGAUUGAAGAAUCUCUGCCUGAUGCAACAACUCAGGUUAUAGAUGCAAACUUACUGGGGCGACAAGAUGAGCAUUUCAAUGAGAAAUUGGAGUGUAUUUCAGUGAUCUUCAAAUUGGCUUUGAGUUGCUGUGCUGAAUGCCCGCGAGAUCGGACUAAUAUGAAGGAUGUUGUGGCGGCACUUGAAAAGAUAAAACGUCAACUUGAGUCUUUUCCGAAUAUCUCGGCAUGA